AUGAGUUAUAAAAAUAUAUUUACAGGUUUAGCAGGUAUUGGGCUGGGUGGUAGCGCAGCAACAUAUUUUUUUGGCAAUACCAAGGCUAGUACAACCACUCAGGUUGGAAAUGUUCCUGCCGUGAGUACUGGAAAAGGUAAGCCUUCAGGGACCUUUUCAGCUGUUGGUUCUGAUCUCAACCCUGCUGGAUUUUAUAAAUAUGGGUUCCCAGCUCCAAUUCAUGAUCUAGAUACAAAAGAGCAAUACAUCUCUUGUUACAAUAGGCAAACAAGAAAUCCAUAUUGGGUUAUUGAACAUAUAACACCGGACUCAUUAUCCAAAAGGAACUCCGACAGAAAAUACUCAGUAUUUACUGAAAACGAAUUGAUACCAGAAAUGUUUAGAGCUAAGUUGUCAGAUUAUUUUAGAUCUGGAUAUGACCGUGGCCACCAAGUACCUGCUGCUGAUGCCAAAUACUCCCAAAAUGUUAUGAAUGAUACUUUUGUAUUGACUAAUAUCUGCCCUCAAGUAGGCGAAGGGUUUAAUAGGGAUUAUUGGGCUCAUUUUGAAUAUUUUUGUAGAAGUUUAACGAAGGAAUAUUCAAGUGUUCGUAUCAUGACUGGUCCAUUAUAUUUACCAAAAAAGGAUCCUAUUGAUGGUAAGUUCAAGAUUUCUUAUGAAGUUAUUGGUAACCCACCCGCUGUUGCAGUGCCCACCCACUUUUUUAAGUUAAUUGUUGCUGAAACUCCAAUGAAAAAUCCUAAAUCUAGCUCCGUUUCAGUCGCAGCUUUUGUGUUACCUAAUGAUAAAAUUCCUAACGAAACAAAAUUAACUGAUUUCGAAGUCCCAGUGAAUGCUUUGGAAAGAAGUACUGGUUUAGAAUUACUAAAAUUACUUCCAGAAAAUCGUAGGAAGAAAUUAUGUGAAGAAGUUAACUGCCAAAUUGUUGUUAGAGAAUUUAACAAUGCAAAUAACAAUUCAAAGGCACCUUUAGCAUUACCUCCUCCAAAGACCAAUUAA